AUGAUUUCUUAUGAAGGUCGAGGAAAGCUGACGGUGGAAUCUACCUCAACAAAAGAAACUGAAAUAUUGAAAGCAUUACCACACCUUGGAGGAGUCAAAGUGGAAUGUGCAGUACAUGCCUUUUGGAAUUACUCCAAGGGAAUGAUAUAUGCACCCCAGCUGAUGACCUACUCUGAGAAAAACCUUGUAGAGGAAUUAAAAGAUCAAGGUGUAAUAAGAAUUGAACGAAUGAAGAAGAGGGUAAAUGGAGUCUUUGUCCCACUUCCCAAUUUAAUUAUUACAUUCAAUUCUACUCGAUUGCCCUCUAUAGUUAAAGCAGCCUGGCUACGUUUUAAGAUCAAACAAUAUAUCCCAAGACCGAGGAGAUGUUUCCAUUGUCAAGAGUUCGGACAUAUGUUAGAGUCCUGUAGACAGAGACUGAAGGGCAAGCCGGCUACUUGUGUCAAGUGCAGUGAGCCGGACCAUGGCAUGUGUGGUAAACAAGCCAGAUGUAUACAUUGUGGAGACAAUCAUCCAUCGUCUUCACUUAAUUGUGAUGUGUACAUCAUCGAAAAAGAAAUUCAAACUUUAAGGGUAACAGAACGUAUUGCAGUGUUGCUGCAAAUCGAAGAAGAAACACAAAUGUUACCAAGGAUAAUUUAA